UGUCGUCCGGUUUGCGCCCACGCAGCACGCGCCAUUCCUCCGCACCUCAGACUGCUGACUAUGGCGGGCCCCAAGAUGCCGCACGCAGCUGCUGGCCCUGUUUCGAAGCGCCAGAAAGUGCAGGCCGACCGCGCCGAGAGCUCUGCGCCGGCCGUGCGCCAGUCCAAAAUCUUCGCGCCCUUCAGAACCGUCGGACUCGUCUCGCCCACCGCCGUCCCCUUCACGUCGCUCCCGCUCGGCAAGACCACCUUCCAGAUCACCACCUCGGUCGGCCGCUCGCUGCAGACCUACGACCUCAAGCGCGGCCUGAACCUCGUCUUCAUCACCCGCCCGCAGACCCCCGAGGACAUCACCGCGACUCUGGCAUGGAAGAAGCUCGUCUUUGCCGCAUGGGGUGGUUCUGCCCACGACGCCGAGCGCGGCGUGUGGGUCUUCCAGCGCGGAAAGAAAGUCGCCGAGCUGGAGCUGCCGCUGGGCGGCAUUGAGGCCAUCACACGCCUGGUCGUCAUGGGCGAGUGGAUUGUCGGCUGCGGCGCCACCAAGGUCGACGUCUGGAAGACGGCCACCCUGGAGCACUACACCACCCUGCAGGGCGCCUCGUCGAGCCCGCUCUCGGGCUGCAUCACGAACAUGCCCACGUACCUGAACAAGGUCUUUGUGGGCCGGCAAGACGGCUCCGUCGAGAUCUGGAACGUCAGCACCGGCAAGCUGCUGUACACGCUGCUCCCGCCCGCCGCCGACUUUGGCGCCGUCACCGCCCUGCAGCCGACGCCCGCGCUCUCGCUCCUCGCCAUUGCCUACGAGUCGGGUCCCGUCACCAUCCACGACAUCCGCGCCGACAAGGAGGCCCUGCGACUCAACACCGGUGGCUCGCAGAAGGCGGCCGUGACCUCAAUCUCUUUCAGGACCGACGGGCUGGGCGCCGGCGAGGAUGGCCGCGAAGACGGUGUCAUGGCGACUGCCAGCCUGGAGAGCGGAGACGUUACCUUCUGGGACCUGAACAAGGGCGGCCGCAAGAUGGCCACCCUGCGCGGAGCUCACAGCCCUCCCCCGUCCGCAAGCGGCGGCGUCGGCGGCGGCAUCAGCAAGAUCGAGUUUCUCGCUGGCCAGGCUGUCAUUGUGACCAGCGGCCUCGACAACACGCUGAAGAGCUGGAUCUUCGACGAGACUCCCUUCUCGCCGGUACCGCGGAUCCUGCACCAGCGCGGUGGACACGCUGCGCCUGUCUCGACCCUGCGCUUCCUCCCCUCCAACUCUGACGGCUCCGACGACACCGGCAAGUGGCUGCUCAGUGCGAGCAAAGACCGCAGUCUGUGGGGCUGGAGUUUGCGCCGAGACGGCCAGAGCACAGAGCUCAGCCAGGGUGCUAUCCAGAAGAAGGCCAAGAAGAUGGGCUUGCUCCACGGCAGCUCCGACACCUCGAAACACCACGCCAAGAUGGAAGACCUCAAGGCCCCCGCCAUCACCUGCAUGGCAUGCUCUCUGAACCGCGAUGGCGGCAUGGGCACCAUGCCCGGCGUCACUGGCAUCUGGAACAACUCGUCCAAGGUCAAGGGCGACUCCAAGAAGGCGACUGAAGUAAACAUGACUGGGUGGGAGAGCAUCGUCACUGCCCACGGCGACAAGACCGCCAGGACCUGGUUCUGGGGCCGCAAGCGAGCAGGAAGAUGGGCUUUCGACACAGGCGACGGCACCGAGGUCAAGAGUGUUGCUGUCUCGCCAUGCGGCACCUUCGCUCUGAUUGGAUCCGCCGGUGGCUCUAUCGAUAUGUUCAACCUCCAGUCUGGACAGCACCGUCGUAGAUUUCCGGCGCGCCUGACUCCAGCUGAAGCGAAGAAGUACAAGCUGCAUCAACUUCAGCUUGAGGAGUCGACUGGCCUUGAGAUUCACGACGCACCCAAGACCUUUGCAAAGGGCGAAGGCAAGCACAGGGGAGCUGUCACUGGUCUCGCCAUUGACGGGCUCAACAGGACUGUCGUCUCCUGCUCCGACGAUGGUAAGAUCAAGUUCUGGAACUUCGCGACCGGCACCCUGCUCCACGAGAUCGACUGGUAUCCUAUGGUCAAGAUCCUCUCUCUCCGCUACCAUCCCAACUCCGACCUGAUUGCGCUCUCCUGCGACGAUGGCUCGCUCCGCGUCCUCGACAUCACUACCCGCAAGCUUAUCCGUGAGCUCUGGGCAACGCGCUCCUCCCCCGUCACGACCAUCGACUACACUUUCUCCAGCGACGGUCGCUGGAUCAUCGCCGCGUCCUCGGACUCGACAGUCCGCGUCUGGGAUCUCCCAACAGGUCAUCUAAUCGACGCCAUGCGCCUGCCCAAGCCCAUCAACAGCGUCGCCUUUUCGCCUGCCGGCGACUUCCUUGCGACCGGUCUGGAGGGCGAAGUGGGAGUGCACAUCUUCGCAAACCGGACGCUUUUCGCCCACGUCCCCACACGACAGAUCUCCGAUACAGACGUUGCCAAUGUGGCCGCACCAACUGCCUCCGGCGAGGGCGGCGAGAACAUCAUCACGCUGGCUGAAGAAGAAGGCGAGGAGGAAGAGGAGGACGUCACAGCCGUGCCCGUCAUGGAUCAACUGAGCGACAAAAUCACAACCCUCAGCUUAGUGCCAAAGAGCAGAUGGCAAACCCUCCUCCACCUCGACGUAAUCCGCGCCCGCAACAAGCCCAAGGAAGCCCCCAAAGCCCCCGAACACGCGCCUUUCUUCCUCCCGACCGUCGGCGAGAAGACCGACGCCCCUGCCCUCGACGCCGCCGAGUCCACAAGCAGAAUCUCCAGCAGCGCACUCGCCUCCCGCUCCGCCGCCGCGUCCUCCACCAGCGAAUUCACACGCCUCCUCGCUGCGCCCGCAGACCAGCCCGACGCGCACGCCCCCGCGCUCGCUUUCCUCGCCAGCCUGCCUCCCAGCGCUGCAGAUAUCGCUAUCCGCACGCUCGACACAACCGCCCCGUUCACGGAACUGAGGACCUUCAUCUCCGCGCUCACGGCGCGCUUGCGCCAGCGCCGCGACUACGAACUCGUCCAGGCAUGGAUGAGUGUAUUUCUGCGGCUGCACGGGGACGUGGUGGCGCGCGACGAGGAGCUUGUGGAGAUGCUCCGGGUGUGGCAGGGUGAGGCGAAGAGGGAGCGAGAGAGAGUCGGGGGGUUGGUUGGGUACAGUGUUGGUGUUGUUGGGUGGGUGAGGAGUGCGCGGUAAGCACGGUUAUGUAGUGAAAUCUACAAUGUUCCAUUCAUUCAGG